AUGGAGAAAGGAUUACAGCUGACUUGCAGUAAUACUGGAACCGUUGAUGAACCGUACCGAGAAGUUCUAGGCAGCUUAAUGUACGUUAUGACGUCCACUCGGCCGGACAUUUGUUUCCCAGUUGGAUACCUUGGACAAUUUCAGCAAGAACCGGAACAACUACACUGGACAGCCCAAAAACGAGUGGUACGUUACAUGAAAGGUACGAAGGACAUGUUUCUGGAGUUCUCUCGUGGCAAGGACGUGGAGCCAUUAGUUGGAUUCAUUGACUCGGACUGGGCGACGGAUACUGUGGAUAGGAAAUCGGUAAGCCGAUUCUUAUUCCAAGUUUAUGGCAACACGGUCUCAUGGUCAAGCAAGAAGCAAACAACCGUGGCUACCUCCUCCAGCGAAGCCGAAUACGUUGCGUUGAGUGCUGGUGUGACAGAAGCAAUUUGGUUGACUGGACUCUUGGGCGACCUUGGUGUGAAGAUUACGAAACCGAUACCUAUAUACGAAGACAACCGUGUCUGCAUUGGGAUGGCUCAGAACCUGGAGUGCAAACGAGCAAAGCACAUCGAUAUCAAACACCAUUUCAUUCGGGAUCACAUUGCAGCAGGACGCAUACGAGUAGAACAUGUUCGGACUGAACAUCAGUUGGCGGACAUUUUUACCAAGGUGUUGGACGUUGGAAGAUUCGAGGAUCUCCGGCGGAUUAUAGGACUUCACAAUCGAGAGGGGGUGAAGAAGUAG